CCGUGCUCGCGCAGCCUCGGUUUCCGCAGACCGGAGAUCUGCAGUUUCACCGGAAGACAAAUGGGAAAACUGCAAACAUUCACCGUGACACCUGCGUUACCUUCUCACUGAGCGUGUUCAAAGUUCAUUUAUCUCAUUAGAGGCUCGAUGAGGAAACAGCGGAGGAAAUAAAACGAGUCUGUGCCGUCCAUUACAUCACCGCUGAGGUGACGGAAAGCAGACGAUACCAGGCGGAAGUGGAGGAGUUGUGCCCCCAACAGCAGGUCUAUGAGACGGUGAAUCAUGAGAUUAACAGGCCCCCUGAGAGUUGUGGCCGUGCUUCUGCUGGUAGGGCUCACAUGGCUGCUGGCAAACACUUUCUUUGGAGAGGAUAAUGGCUCAGCUGUGCGACAUUUCUUCAGUGGUGCAAGUGAGGAGCCAACUCCAGCCGAACCCCAUCCUCGCAGGUAUAAAUGUGGACUUUCAUCUCCCUGUCCCCCAAAACAUUUGGCGUUCCGCCUGGUCUCCGGUGCUGCCAACGUCAUCGGUCCCAAAAUCUGCCUAGAGGACAAGAUGUUAGUGAGCAGUGUGAAGAACAACGUUGGCCGAGGACUGAACAUAGCUUUGGUGAAUGGGGUAACAGGAGAGCUCUUGGAAACAAAGAGCUUUGAUAUGUGGGCAGGAGAUGUUUCUGACCUGUUGAAGUUCCUCCGACCGCUCCAUGAGGGAACACUCGUGUUCGUGGCUUCUUUCGAUGAUGCUGCCACAAAGAUGAACGACGAGACGAGACGACUCUUUGAGGAGCUCGGGAGCACGGCUGUGAAGGACCUGGCCUUCAGAGACAGCUGGGUGUUUGUCGGUGCCAAGGGCAUCGAGAACAAGAGUCCUUUUGAGCAGCGCAUGAAGAACAGUAAGAGCAACAACAAGUACGAAGGUUGGCCUGAGUCUCUGGAGAUGGACGGCUGCAUUCCUCUUCGACCACCGCUGGAAGGAUAACUGUGCCAUGCCUUCCAUCACACUCACUUCACUUGCACCUGCAGAGGCAGCAGUGGAUCCAGAUGACUGUUAGAAAGCUAAGGAGCUGCCGAACGACUGAAAAACCCAGAGCUUUUGUGCCACGUAACCUUUUUUGAAUUUUUCUUCUAAUGGCAGAAAGGAAUGCUGACUGAAAAGUUUGUCUACGGACUUAAGAUAUUUAUAAUACCUGGAACCUAUUGUGCCACUUUCGAGUUGGUAAAGAAACUUGAGAGGCCGUAUGUUGCAUGACCAAAAAGUAACACAUCUAGUGAAUGAAUACAGCUGGAGUAGGUCUUCCAAAGUCAUUGACACAUCUCCUGUCUUCAAGUCUGCCUGCGGGGUGUCACUGUGAGUUUGAGUGACAGGAUCAUGAGCUGUCGUAACCGGCAAAUGGAAACCUAAUCCACAUCAGCACCAGACAAAUAUCUGAGGUCCACUAGUAGUUUUAAAAAGUUUUGCUACGGUCCUUGUCUGUGUGGAGAUUUUAUAUUUAAAUCUGUUGAAAUAUGUUUUCAUCCCGUGGUAUAUACAAGGCUAUGAUAUUGUUAUGCAUAGUGGUAGAUGUCAUUUUUUCCUAAGAACCCGUAGGACUUACUGCUUGCCACGUUUACAGGUUCUUUUAAACAGCAAUUAUUCAUAUUACUUCGAUUCAACCUAUUUAUUUCAUGACUUUUAUUAAAGACAUUGCAGACUGAUCGAGUGGAUUCAUUCAACACUGCCCAUGGUUUUAUUGUUCUCAUUUUCCCACAGAGUGCUUUGUUUAAGAGGUUCAGCCUAAAUGUGUGUCUGUCUUUGCUUUUUCAUUUUUUGGGGAAUGUAUCCACCUGGCAUUUUGCAAGCCGAACGUGAAGGAAAUAUUCAACGGAUGGAAAAACUAAAGAUUAUUUAUGUAUGUUUAGAAGUCCAUUUCAGCUGCCUUUUCCUGGAUUACGUCAUAUUACCUCCAAGUGUCAUUGUUCUUUCUUAACAAAGCAUCCAGGUCUGUGUUUAUAUUGUGACAAUGUGGAUGAAUAAUAAUAAUAAAUGAAAAAAUGUCCA